AGACUGGAUCAGAUGGAGUACAACGUGUCGACUCCGCCGCCGCUCAACGAAAAGGUGCUGAAAGACAAGCGCCGGAAGAUGAAGGAGACGUGGGAUCGGCUGUUGAGGCUAUACAACAAAGAAGAUCACCAGAGGUUUGUCGAAUUGAAGCGAAUGGAAGUGGAAUAUGAGGCCAAACGCAACCAAAUGAUGAAGUUUUACGAAUCGGUCAAAUCGGCUCAAGAGGUGACCAUUGAUGACAUACCGUUGCCGUCGGCGGCGCCGUCUGAUCCCAACCUGUCCUCUGGUUUGGGUUCAGCGCCGAUGUUUCCCAACGAACACUCCAUUCCUCAGUCAAUACUAAAGCGGCCGCACAUGUCGUCCACACAUAUGGCGGGACCCCAUCGGACACCUCCCGGAGUACCGCCGGGUCCGCCACCAGUCCUCAGCGAUGGCGAAGACGAUGUCGACGACGAUAGCGAUGACGACGAGAAGGAACGCAAUAAACGGAUCAGAUUUAGUGACGAUCCGAUCGCCACUGAAAAGGACUCCGAUGUCAAUGAGUUUCUUAAAGAAUUGGACCAAAUGGAGCAAAAGAGUGGUACGAGUAGUGAUGACACGUCCAAAUCCAUACAGCCGUUGCCGUCGGCGGUGAUCGCAUCUCUACCCACACCCGUCGCCGCCGCAGCCACUACUCAGCCACCACUUAACGCAAUGCCUCCGCCGCCGUCUCUCAUGACAAACAUACAGCCUUCUGGUCGGCCACCGGUUCCACCGCCGCAAAUGAUGCUCUUCAGGCCACCCGGACAUCAA